CCGAGGGGAGGAUCUUAUUGCAACGAAGAACUUCCCUGAAGACACCGACAGUGUUCGUACAUACCCAGGAUGGAGCUGCGGCCACUUGUAAUGUGGUUUGCCCUCUGUGUGGUUUACGCCACCAGCAAACCCACAGAGAAGAAAGACCGUGUUCACCACGAUGAACCCCUCAGCAACCGAGAGCACGAUGACGCAGAGGGCUUUGACUAUGACCAUGAAGCCUUCCUGGGACAAGAGGAGGCCAAGACCUUUGACCAGCUCACCCCAGAGGAGAGCAAGGAGAGGCUCGGCAUGUUGGUUGAACGUAUAGAUGAGAAUAAGGAUGGCUACGUGACUGUUGAGGAGAUGAAGAAGUGGAUCAAGCACGCUCAGAAAAGAUGGAUCUACGAUGACGUGGAUCGACAGUGGAAGAGUCAUGACCUCAAUGGGGAUGAGGUGGUGUCCUGGGAUGAGUACAAGAACGCCACAUAUGGAUACAUUCUUGAUGACCCCGACCCUGAUGAUGGUUUCAGCUACAGGCAGAUGAUGGCUCGUGAUGAGAGGAGAUUCAAAAUGGCGGACCAAGACGGUGACAUGAAAGCCAACAAGGAAGAGUUCACAGCCUUCCUUCACCCCGAGGAGUACGACCACAUGAAGGACAUUGUGGUGCUAGAAACUAUGGAAGACAUUGACAAGAAUGGAGAUGGUUUAAUUGAUUUAGACGAGUACAUCGGUGACAUGUACAACCAGGAGGGAGACUCCACAGAACCCGAGUGGGUGAAGACAGAGAGGGAACAGUUUACUGAAUUCAGAGACAAAAACAAAGACGGGAAGAUGGACAAGGAGGAGACCAGAGACUGGAUCCUGCCCAGUGACUACGACCAUGCUGAAGCCGAGGCCAAGCAUCUGGUCUAUGAGUCAGAUGCCGACAAAGAUGGCCGUCUGACCAAGGCAGAAAUCGUGGACAAGUACGACCUGUUCGUGGGCAGCCAGGCGACCGACUUCGGAGAGGCUCUGACUCGACACGACGAGUUCUAACAUCCACCUGCUUCCAAAGACUCUGUGUUCAUCUUGUGUACUACCUUACUGCUCCGACAGUGGAUGGAGUUUUUCAAACAAGAUGAGCUCGCCUAAUCCAACGCCACGGACAAUAAUUUAUUUGAUUUCUUGAAUGUGUCCCAUUGCGCACACACUGCCAUUCUAAGUAAUGUGUACGUGCUGGGCCAGUGUGUCCACAUGCUCAGUUGUGUGUAACAUUGGGAUAUGUCGCCAGCCUUUGCUCUGCUUCCAUACACUACAUUCGCCUUUUUCAGGCCAGGCGAUGGACAAACAGUGUUAGUUUAAAACUUUUUUUUUUUUUUUUAUCUUCUUUGAAAGGUUGAAUUUAUGAAAUAGCCAUGUUUUGUUACAAAACCCUGAUAGAACAAGUUUAGGCAUGCAGUAUACUGAAUAGUUUAGCGUACCAUUUCUUUUUGCAAUGCACUGGACUGUGAAGAGUAAAGCUGAUUUCUACCCAUUAGAAUUUGUUUUACUCCUGUCAAAUCUGGCCCAAAGUGAAACUGCUAGUUUCUGAUUAACUCGUAGUUUCAUGUCUUUAUUGAUCAUCAUGUGUUAAUGCUGGAGUAUAGGAUGUUUGGAACGAGGAGUAAAUAUUAAAUUCCAGUGACAAUAAGGAUUAUUUGGACUAGUGCAAUACAGUAUCACUGUGUCUGCUAUACUGAUCCCAAAAGCAUCCAUUUGAACACAAUCUGUGUCCUAUAUACAUAAGGGCGGGUUGUGCUACGUGUUGGUUGAAGGAAUCAAGAUGAAUUUUAGGGACUGAUGGAUGCUUUGUCCUCAAAGCUGCCUCCUGUCUUCAUUCUCAUCACCUCAAUAGUGUGUAUGUGCGUGUGAAACUGUGCGUGUGUGUACAUAUAUAACAUGUUUUCUUGAUGGCUGACUUCCCCUUUUUUAUUUUAUGUUUUGUUUGAUUCAGCUUAACUAACUUGUCUGUGUACCCAGCUCAAAUCUUUCUCCCUGUUGUUUUUUUUUGUUUGUUAGUUUUUUUUUAAAGCAGUUGGGAAGAAAAAAAAUGCUUUUUCCCUCCUACAAACAGUAACUUUCUUAUGUUUAUAUUAUCACUACCACCAUUUAUAACCACUGUUGAUCAUCAUUUUAUGGUAUACUAUAAUGUAAAUUAUAUUGUUUUUUUACAGGCUCACUGCAGUAACCACCUUUUCACUAUUGACUUUACUGUAAAUAAGUAGUUGGUCUGCAAACUGAGCGUCUUAACAAUCGGGUCCAGUUUUUGUGAUUGAGAAAAAUGCCUCAAUAAAAACAUAAAAUUGGA